CAAGUGGCAAAGCGACAUGGGAAGCUGGUAAAGCAGGCUCUCUCUAUCUCGAGUAAAUUAGUCUACCAGGUUAGUCAUCUCUACACAAACAGCACGAGGCUUAUCUUUUGCUUUUUGCUCAGGUACGACUUGCUAGGUACCUGCAUUUAUAUAUGUGUAAUUCUGGAAAUGAAUGUCUUAGAUGUGAUAAAGAUGGCUGCUACCUACGUCUCUAGCUAUUUAAGCGGAAGAUUACCCGACGACCAUAGGUAUCUACUGACCUAGUCAGCCUAGUCCCGACGAUGCCGGCCCGGGUUGAAGCAACGCCGGCCGGCGAAGGCCGGCUUCAACCUCGCCUUUCGAGGCUGACUAUGGUCGCCCUGACGUUCGCAAUCCUCAAUACAUGGAUCGCGCUGGCGGGAUCGAUCGGCCUGGUUCUUCCGUCGGGGGGCUCCGUCUCCUUUCUCUACGGCUUCAUCUUCUGCGUCCUGUGCAACCUCGCCCUCGCUGCGAGCCUCGGCGAGCUCGCAGCUAUCUGGCCCACGGCCGGCGGACAGUACCACUUCGUCUAUGCCCUGUGUACCGAUUGGUGGAGGCAGUCCAUGAGCUUCUGGGUGGGUUGGACCAAUAUCGCGGGAUGGCUCACGCUCGUCACAACUGAAGGUUUCUUCGCCGCCCAAUUCAUCCAAGCCGCCGCCGUCAUCGCCUCCAACGGCACCUACACCAUCUCAGCCUGGCGCACGUACCUGAUCUUCCUCGCGAUCCUGACCUUCACAGCGGGGUCCAACAUCUGGGGGAACCGGAUCCUGGGGCGGUGGAACGACGCGGCGCUGUACUGGUCGCUGCUCGGGGUGGUGGUGAUCAGCAUCGUGCUGCUGGCGACGACGUCGCCCAAGAACGACGCGCGCUUCGUGUUCGCCGAGUUCGAGAACGAGACCGGCUGGUCCGACGGCAUGGCCUGGAUCCUGGGCCUGCUGCAGAGCGCGCUCUCGCUUAUCGGGUUCGAUGCGGCGCUGCAUAUGACGGAGGAGAUGCCAAGGCCGGCUGUCGAUGCGCCGCGCGCCAUCAUAUACGCUGUCAUCGUUGGCGGUGUCACGGGCACCGCGUUUAUUCUCGUUAUAUUGUUCUGUAUCACUGACCCAGAGACGGUCCUCAACACUCCGACGAAUAUGCCCAUCGCGGAGCUGAUCCUUCAGGGGACCGGCAGUCGAGCGGCGGCGACGGUGCUGACGCUGAUGCUGGCCGUGUGUUUCAUCAACGGCACAAACGGCUGCGUCACGAGCUCGAGCAGGCUUCUCUACGCCAUGGCUCGAGAUAAGGGCAUAGUGUUCCAUGAAUACUUCACCCACAUACCGCCCCACCUCAACGUCCCCGUCCGCACCAUCGUCCUCACCUUCGUCUUCAACGUGCUCUUCGGCCUGCUGUACCUCGGGCCCUCGGUCGCCUUUAGUGCGUACGCCGCCAGCUGCACCAUCUUCCUCAACGUCUCGUACGUGAUCCCGGUUAUCGUCCUGCUGCUGCGGGGCCGAGCCGUGCUUGAGAAACAUCGGUCGCAGCAGCAGCAGCAGCAGCAGGCGUACUUCGCGCUGGGAAAUGUGUGGGGGUACGCGCUGAAUGGUGUCGCGGUGGUUUUUGUUAGCGUCACUUCUGUGUUCUUCUGCUUCCCGACCACCCUCCCCGUCUCGGGCGACGAUAUGAACUACGUCGCCGUCGUAAUCGGCAUAUUCCUGAUCCUGGUCGGCACUUACUGGAUUACCUAUGGCAAGACGUUCGAGGGCCCCAAAUUCGAAGCCAUCAUCGGACACGCACCCGAAGACGAGGAAGCGACGGCUGUUCCAGAUGGCUCUUUGGACAUACCCUCAUCUUCGAACGGCCUGGAUGAGAAGGAGAAAAGUGGCGUUUCUUGUUGAAGAAGAAGAGGAAAAUUCUCUGCUAUUUUCCCUUCUCUUCACUUCACUUCCUCUGUUUCGUCUGUUGCAAAUCAUAUAUCAUAUACCCUGAUCUAGAUAAGCUGAGAUUGUUGAGAUUGUUAAGAGAGCGGGAUUAAGAUACCUAAUGUACAUACGUACCUAAUACUUACCCUACAUUUAAACCUACAUCAUAUAUAUGAUACCAAAUACUUGAAUAACGCCGUUUUGGAUAU